CCCAAACAGCCGUCAUUCGUCAACAAAUGAAGCUCCCAAUUCAUCAUAUUCACGCAAUUUGGUGACUAACUGUAACUAUUUUUUUUUCUGCCAAAUCUCCUUUCCACCUUUCUUCCCGGCGCAGUAAAAUGCUUCAACACAUUUCUAAUCCGAAGCUUAAGGAGUAAUACAAAAAAAUGUACUUAUUUUUUUUUAACAGUCCAAGCAAUGAAAUUUCAGCACCCCAAAAAAAGCAAUGAAUUAGAUAAUCAAAUAAAAAUCUGUGCAUUAAAUUAAAUCUGACCUUCUCACUCUUCAUUAAAAACUGUCUGGUUUUGUUCACCUACUCUCACAGUCUCUCUCCUCUCUCAUUUUGUGCAUUAUUAUUCACUUCCCAGAAAAAAGAAGAAACAAUAGAAUGCCAACUCAAACUCAAGUCAAACACGUUGCUUCCCCAAAUUUGCGGUACUAAACAACAAAAUUAAUCGAAAAGAAGAAGUGGGUUUUGUUCAGAAUUGAAUUUUGAGAAAUGGGUAAUCGAUUUAUAUGCAUGUCAAAGAAAGAUACUAAAGUAAAUGGAUCAAAAAGUAAGAGAAUAGGAAAAUCUCAGAGAAAAUUGCUUGAAGAUGAAGAAGUUGCUUUGCAUAGGAGAGCUUUAUCAAUGGUGCUUCAACAACAUCAGUUGUCUCAAAGAUAUGAUGCACCUUCUAUGUCUCGUCGAAUUGGUUCCACCUCUCGUCGUCGCACUCUUUCUGACCCUUUUUCCAAUUCUAAACAGGCACCUGAUUUUUUGGAAAGUCUGAAAGGAACAAGAGUUGUUUUAGUACAUGGCGAGGGCUUCGGCGCAUGGUGUUGGUACAAAAGCAUUGCUUUAUUGGAAGAGUCCGGAUUACUUCCUGUUGCUUUAGACCUAAGUGGGUCGGGUAUAGAUACAAUAAAUACAAAUUCAAUAGCUACUCUGGUAGAUUAUUCUAAGCCACUGAUUACAUAUAUAGAGAAUCUGCCAGAUGAUGAAAAGGUUAUAUUGGUUGGUCAUGGAUGCGGGGGUGCAUCUGUUUCAUACGCUAUGGAGCAACUUCCACAGAAGAUUGCCAAGGCAAUUUUUGUUUGUGCCACGAUGGUCUCUAGUGGACAGAGGCCUUUCGAUGUUUUUACUGAAGAGCUUGGUUCAUCCGAAGAUUUUAUAAAGGAAUCAAAAUUUUUAAUUCAUGGAAAUGGCACUGAUAAUCCCCCUACAUCCUUCAUGUUAGAGAGGCAGCACAUGAAGGCCCUAUAUUUCAACCAGAGCCCUCUUAAGGAUAUUGCUUUGGCUAUGGUCUCCAUGAGACCAGUCCCUCUAGGCCCCAUAAUGGAGAAGCUCUCAUUAUCCCCUGAGAAGUACGGUUCGGUUAGGCGUUAUUUCAUUCAAACACUAGAUGAUCGUGCACUUUCACCAGACGUCCAAGAAAAACUAGUCAGAGAAAACCCACCGGAGGGAGUCUACAAGAUCAAAGGCAGCGAUCACUGCCCAUUCUUCUCGAAGCCCCAGUCGCUUCACAAAAUGUUACUUGAGAUCGCUCAAAAGCCGUAGUUCAAGAUAACUGCUACAACAGCAUAUGGUUGGAGGAUAUUCUGCUUAUUGAAUGUGGUACAUUUGCCACUGCCCACUGGACUUUAAAAUUGUACAGGAGAAACAGAAAGGCGAGAAGCUCUGUACUACCCUCGUUAUUUGUUUUCUUUUUCCUAUUUAUUUAUACAGGAUAAUUCUGGAAUUCUUUAGUACACUAUCGUGUUGCAUAUUUAGAUAGGAAAUCACAGGUGUUGUGUUGGUUGUAAACAUAAUAGUCAAUUAAUUGAGUAAUUAUAUCACCCUUGCUUGCUGUUGCUUUUUA